AUUGCCCGAUACCAGAAACGGGGAGGCAAUAAGGCACAGCUUCUCAUCUGUUUCCCGUUGGAGUCUUUCCUUAGAGCCGUCGGCCAAUCAAAGGUAGAUUAUUUUAGUCUGGACAUCGAGGGAUUGGAUUACAGUGUCCUCAGCAUCAUCCCCUGGGACAUUCUAGACAUCCAGGUCCUGAUGGUGGAAACCAACAAGGGAACGAGGAAUAAGAUCUUGAAGCUAAUGGCUGAUAAGAAAUAUCAACAUGUGAAGAAGAUAGGUGUUGAUGACAUUUUUGAGAAACCCCGUAAAUGAUAUCAUUCUUUAUGUUCUUUGUGAUCCUAUUUCAAGUCAGGCCCGUUGGCCCCUCAGUUUCAAUAUUUAUUUGUUCUCUUGUCAAUUUUUAAAGAGUGCU